UACAGGACAACAACAUACGUUAAAAUUGGAGAAGAACUUCAAAUUCAAGAUGGUGAUCUGAAGAACGCUUCUGGACCAAACUGCAAGGAGGAUCGAAGCAGUAUAAGUUCAAGACUCGGGAGAAGAACAGAAGAAGAAAUCAAAGAAGAGCAUAGGACUCUGAGAUUGUUACACAAAAUCGAACGGACGCAAACUCAAAUUCUUCAAGUUGUUUUAAAGGAACCAACAUCAAAAAGGACAAUUUCCAGAGACGAAAAUGAUGGAAAUCGUCCAAGUGUUAACAGUUGCGAUGAAACAAACCAAGCAGCAGAAUUUGCUGAGAAGAUAAAAAAGAUAUCCGAAAUUGAACGACAGCUGAGCGAAGAGCUCAGCAAUAAGGAACACAAGAUAAUCGAACUGGAAGAAUCUGUCUCCGAAAAAGGAGAGACAAUAGAGGUUUUAAAUCAAGAGUUGACGCAACUUUCAGAGGAAAAUUCAAAGUUGAGUGAAAACGAGGAAACCAACAACUCUAAAAUUGAAGAACUUCAAAAAAAUGUUACUGAGAAAAAACGGAAAAUAAAAAAAAUCGAAAGGGAAAAGAGUAUAUUAAUUGAAAAUAUUGAAGAAAACAAAGGCGCCGUCACAGCACUGAAACAUCAGCUGGAUUACAGAACUAACAUGGAGCAAUUACAAUGGCAGUUGAAUCAAAUCAGUAAGACACACGAGGAAAACAGCAUUCUCCAACAAAGAUGUGAUGAUUUGGAGAGAGCAAGAAAUGACCUUUCUGCACAGAUGAACGAUGUAUUGGCUGAAAAAGAAGAUGUAUAUAAAGAGUUUGAGGCACAACAACUGGCAAGAACUGCGCUUACCGAGGAUCUGCAAGAGAAAAAAACCGAAUGCAAUAUUUUCAAGAAACUUGUGACUGAAAAUGAAAGCAGAACAUUUGAGAUGCUUGAAGAGAUUAAUAAAGGCAAACAGAAGAUUGAGGAUUUAAUAACUGAACUUCAGAAAGAACGUGCUGAAAAAGAAAAAAAGAUAGUGGAGCUUGACGAAGCAGCAUUUCAGAUAUCUAAACUUCAAACGGCAUCGUACGAGUACUACUUAAGUUCGGACUUUACUCCAAUAAACAUUAACAUCAAAGCAAAUGGAGAGCAAACUUGUGAUGUGCAUGGGAUAUUAUGUAUCGGACCAGGAAUCUUUGUCCUCAUUGACUGGGACAAUAAAAGCUUGAAGACAUUUGACAUCAACAAACAGUCCAUGCUUUCCGUACUUCAACUUGAGGCAAGUCCAUUUGAUGUAGCUAAGCUAAAACCCGGCAUUUUAGCGGUCACCCUGCCGAGAUUGAAACAAGUUGCUCUUAUCAAGUUCAACUCAGAUGGAGAAUUAGGAUUGUCAAAAUCCAUUAAAUUGAAAAAAGAAUGCUUUGGGAUUACAUCACUGGAUUCUGCCCAUAUUAUUGUGGUCAACUCAAACGUGGAAGUCUAUGAUCUUCGAGGAAACUGCACUAAUAUUUUAGUGGACAUGAGCUACGACAGAAUGAAAGCUGAGUUCAAAGAGUUGAAGUAUGUUGCUGCUUUUGGUGACAAGUUGCUUUACCUCAUCGACUGGGCGCUUAACUCUGUCACUUGUCUGUCAAUGGAUAAAGAAAUAAAAAAUCAAUUUCAUUUCUCUGGAAAGAAUCUGCUUGAUCAUGGUGCACCGCUUGGUUUGGCGGUUUCUUCAGCUGGAACAGUUUUUAUAAGAUGCAGGAAAGGUGUUUAUUUACUGGACAGGGAUUUACAAAAUGGCCGUUCCCUUGCAUCAAGUUUGCCUCGAGGUAUUUGCCUUUCAUACAGCGAGUGGGACCAGAAAGUAUUUGUAGCAUUUACAAAAAGCAACAUAGUUAUUGCAAUGGCAGCAAGGCCCUCUAAAGACCUCCUAAGUGAAAUUCAAUGGUACCAUGGUAACAUAGACCGACUCGAGACCGAGUCUCGCCUCAACAUGAUCGGAAAGGAUGGAACGUUCCUUGUACGCGACAGUACACAGGGCGGAGACAAGCAUCCGUAUACACUGGCCGUCUUGCACAAGGGGUAUGUGACCAGCCUGAAGAUCCGCGUACGAGACGACGACCAGGUUGCCGUUGGGGAAAUGAAGGACGAUGAAGUACCAUUUAAAGAUGUAUCUACCUUGAUCGAGUAUUAUAAGACAUUUGAAGUAAGUUUGGUGAACGCAACGCAAGGCCAAUGCUAUCGAACCCGUCUUCAACGAUUCCCCAAUAAAUUCGAACGAAUAUGACCUGUUGUGGACACAUAGUUAGAUAUUAAGUUAGUUGUACAUUUCCAUAUUUGAUCUUAAGUGGAAUUGCAGGAAAGUAAAAAGAUCCUCUUGGAAAUCUUUCCCUAGAUAUUAGUACAGGCUGUUGUUGAAUGUUUUCUUCAAAGAAACUAUUUCAUUGUGUGUAAAAUGCUUUUUUACGUUUUUUUUUUGUAUUAUGAAAUAAAGAUAA